GACCCCGCUGCCAGUCGUCUGUGCUUGUUCCGUGAUCUGGCGAGGCAGCGUCAGAAUUUUUUGCGCUGUUCCACGGAGAUGGCGGAAGCCAUCGCGGCUCCGCGACACCGAUAUUUCUGUCAUUACUGUAAAGGAGAGGUGGAUCCCAAACUCCCGGAGUAUGUAUGCCCGAGAUGUGAUUCUGGCUUCAUCGAGGAGGUGGCUGAAGGCUCCAGCCUUCUACAGAGUGGGGUUGUUGCUAGCAAUGGAGUAAUGGGCAAUGAUGACAUGGCCUCACAGUUUACUGAGCUCUGGCAGCUACUCUUCAUGGAACGUUCUGCCCUCCUCUCUGAACCUGUCGUGUCAGGGCCCGAAGCCCUACAUGGCACCUCCGCUGCACAGGCAGUGGCUCCUGGACCUUCACCAGUGGUGACGAGGCAUGUAGCCACACCAGAGGAGUCUUUAGGAGCUUUGGCUCCUGCCCGAAGGCCCUUUCUACCAGACCAUGGACCAGCGGUAGAGGGGAUUGUCCAGCAGUUCUUGGCUGGCCUGUUUGCAAACUCGGGUAACAGGGGCUCUCCACCAUCAUCAUGGUCAGGAAUGUUACACUCAAAUCCAGGAGAUUAUGCCUGGGGACAGGGAGGUUUCGACGCUGUCAUUUCACAGUUGCUGGGUCAGUUGGAGCAUACUGGGCCACCGCCUGCCGAGAAAGAGAUGAUCUCAUCCCUGCCUGUCAUCCACGUCUCCUCAGAACAGGCUGCGGGUCGUCUGGAAUGCCCUGUGUGUAGAGAGGAGUACGCGGUAGGGGAGCUGGUCCGGCAGCUGCCCUGUCUGCACUGCUUUCACAGUGACUGCAUUGUGCCUUGGUUACAACUGCAUGAUACCUGCCCUGUCUGUCGGAAGAGUCUAACUGGUGUAGACCACAGCCUCCUGCACCAGACUGCAACUCAGGAGCCCAACACGGUCACCACAGAAACCUACAGGCCACAGAACCUAUGAGGAUAUCAGCCUGCUGUCUCUCUACACCAACCCAUCCACCCAAGAAAGAGACAUUAGCAUAAAAUUCAGGGUACCUUCCUGAGUUCCACCAUGUGUCCACCCGGAACUCAUUCCUACACAUUGAGACUGUCUUCAGUACAUUUGUUUCUCAUGUUCAUUCAGCACACCAUUUUGAAACUCUCUGGUCAUAGCGUUUUUAAGGGUUCAAUAAUCCCUGAAUGUUACCAAUGCCAUUGAUAGCAAUAGUGCACACAAGAUCAUGUCUUCACUCUUGGGAGAAAUUGCUUUUAUAUUUAUUCGUGCCCUUUUUGUUUUAUGUCUCUCUCACUGAAAUCUGCACAAGAACAUAAAUUAAUUCUGUACCUGCAAAUAUGACAGUGACAAUGUGACAAUAAUGCUUUAAAUGUGAACAGCUGGCCUUUCGGGAGACAUCAAACUCUUGUUACAUAAAACAUGAAGGAAAUUGUGGUCAAGAGUUAAAGAAAUGCAGUGUAUGAACUUUUUGAAAUAUGUAUCUCGGGAAGUAAAUCUGACUCUUAAGUUCUUACAGUGCUGACAUUACAUUUUUUUUUUUCAUUAUUGUUUUUUCACUUUGCAUUCAUUAAUGUAUGAUGAAAAUGUGUAGUUUAAGUGACUGGUCCUCGAAGAAAUGCCAUUACUGAUCAGUAUGGCUUUGAUCGAUCUUGUCUUGAAACUGAUCUUGUGUGGUCUUGUGCAGUUUAGUUGAACAGCAAAAGUGAACCGGCCACUGGCCAAAUGACAGCUUACCUUGUUAUAUACCUUUCUGAGGGAGCAUACAAUACUCCACACUUCGUUUUCUCAUUCGGGGCUUCUUAAAUUUCUGCUCCAAUUCUCUAGUCUAAUUAAUACUGAAUGUAACAGUGCUGGCUCUUAGGACAUCUCUUAGGACAGGACACUUGAUAACACACCUCCACAUCUCCUGGGCUGAAGUAAAUAAGGAUGUCCUAAUAUCCACAUGAUUACUUACUAUACCUAAUUAGAAGUUCUCUUGUGUACCCUCUGAUACCUCAUACCAAAAUAAAUAUAAAAUGCAGAUCCA